GGUGAAAAGGGAGAACCAGGAGCUAUCAUUACUGCUGAUGGAUCUUUAACUGAAUUAGUAGGAAGAAAAGGAGAGAAGGGUGAAGCUGGAGUAGUGGGACCAGUGGGACCAAUGGGACCAAUAGGACCUAUUGGACCAAAAGGAGAACUUGGUUUCCCAGGACGUCCAGGCCGCCCAGGACUGAAUGGACUGAGAGGUGUGAAAGGUGAUCGAGGCGAAUCAUUUAAUGGCCUUCCUGGCUUGCCUGGACCCCCAGGGCCUCCUGGACCUCCAGGACGUAUAGUUUAUAUCAAAGGAACAGUUUUCCCGGUGUCUCCCAGACCUCACUGCAAAAUGCCAGUGAGCACUCCUUAUCCUGGAAAUCAAGAAGCUCUUCAUGUCCAUGGUGCUAAAGCCAACAGAGAUUCCUGGGGGCUGCACAGUUCAGCGAACUUAAAAGGAGAAAAGGGAGACAGAGGCGCUCCAGGACCACCAGGUCCACCUCUGCCUCCAUCAUAUUUCAGCCACUUUAUUAAUAGCAUCAAGGGUGAAAAAGGAGACAACGGAGUCACUGGUGUAAAAGGAGAAAAAGGAGAACCGAAUGGAGGGUUUUUUCUGACAGGACCUCCUGGACCACCUGGAAGACCAGGAUUAGUUGGACCAAAAGGGGAUUCAGUUGUCGGACCCAGAGGACCUCCAGGGUUACCUGGCUUACCUGGCUUACCAGGUUAUGGAAAAAUUGGACCACCUGGACCACCUGGGCCACCUGGACCACCAGGACCCCCAGCAAUAUAUGGCUCAGCAGCCGCAAUGCCUGGGCCACCAGGACCUCCUGGAGAGCCAGGGUCACCUGCAACCAGGAACCUGGUUACGACAUUCCACAACAUUGAGGGUAUGUUGGAAAGAGUUCAUUUGGUAGCAGAAGGUACGCUAAUCUAUCUGAGUGAAACCAGUGAGGUUUUCAUCCGAGUUCGAAAUGGAUGGAGAAAACUGCAGCUUGGUGAGCUAAUUCCUAUCCCAGCCGACAGCCUUCCUCCUCCAGCUCUAUCAAGCCAUGGUUUUCAGUCUCUUCCAGCACUGAGUCCAGUAUCAAAUAUGAACAAUAGAAAACCAGCACUGCAUCUGGUGGCUUUAAACUCACCGUUUUCUGGUGACGUGCGAGCAGAUUUUCAGUGUUUUCAACAGGCCCAACUGGCGGGUUUGACAUCUACCUACAGAGCCUUCCUCUCAUCACAUUUGCAAGAUCUGGCCACGGUCGUCAGAAAAACAGACCGAUACCAUUUACCAGUAGUCAAUCUUAAGGGAGAAACACUUUUCAAUAACUGGGAAUCCAUAUUUAAUGGAAAUGGUGGACAAUUCAACACUCAUGUUCCAAUAUACUCCUUUGAUGGGAGGAACGUCAUGACUGACCCAUUUUGGCCUCAAAAAGUAAUAUGGCAUGGUUCAACUGCAAAUGGGAUCCGACUGGUUAGCAACUACUGUGAAGCCUGGCACACAGCUGCCAUGGGAGCUAUGGGACAAGCGUCACCGCUGAAGACGGGGAAGCUUCUUGAUCAGCAAGUGUUUAGCUGUAGUAAUAAGUUUAUUGUUCUCUGCAUUGAAAACAGUUUUGUAUCUGAUCCCCAAGGAAAAUAAUUCACCCGCUGCACAGAGGAAUACUCCGUUUUUGUAACAGGAACAGCUGACACUGAAAUUUCAUUCGUAACGUUGUAAAUAUUUUAUUUUUUCGUAAUUGCACAUUUCAGGAAAAAAACAGCCAAGGAAAACAUACCUCAACGCGAAUCACCUUCCAGUCAGGUGGAACAUCCAGCGCACGUGGGGCUGACUUCAAGCCCUUCCUUUCUCUUGAACCCCACGUGGUUCAAAGUUUGCCAACAGUUAACUCACAGCCCCUUGUUCUUUCUGGCUGAGCUUAAGAUCGCGUAAGGGCACGAGUCGAGCGUGGUCUGCGAGGAAAAACCUGCAGCAGUAGAAAAUCUCAUGUGCAGUGCAGCUCAGCAAGGCUGCUGCUUCUUCACAGCUGAGAAGCUGCACGCUCUAUGCUCUUCUUUUCACUUGCAUAGGUUCUGAAUACCCAAGGCACUAUUCAUAUAUAUAUAUAUGUAUAUAUACAUACUGGCCCCGAGCAAAUAAUGGGAGGCUGUUACAUCUUACAGGGGCUGGAAUUUUCAAAAAGGCUUUAAGAACAAAGGUGCUCACCUCCUUUGAGUUUCAGUGAAGCUGAGUACCUAACUCCUGUAAGGCUCUAAGUAUGGAUCCUGUGAGUACGGAUCGCAGCCUGGUGCUUACACAUCAAUUUAGCAGCUUCCACAUCUUACUUCAGCUUUUUUCUUUGCAGAUUCUAGGCGUAGGGCUUUACGCAGGAGGAGUGAAUUUCACCUAGGCAAAAUCUGGUCCUUAUUUUGGUGCUAUUGUUACCAGGAAACCUGAAGCAAUGUUAAUAGAAAACAUCCUGUUUUACUGGUAGAACUGUGCAAAGUAAAUGCAGACAAACCAACCAUCUGACCUUUAUUUAUUUCCUUGCGUAUUAGAGGAAGUCAUUUCCUGUCGUGGCAGGCUGCUGAAUAAAAGAUGUCUGUCAUGGCUUCUCUAAAAUAGGUUCUAGCCGUUGUUAUCCCACUAAGUUAUAUGUAAAGUGAUUUUUUUUGUGAAUUUAUCCUUCUGGCAUUCACAUAAUUAAAGAAGUGUUAAUAUAAAAUAACAGCAGCAAUGAUAGGAAUGAUCAGUAAAUGCUAAUACUCUUUGCAAACGGUAUCACCGUAAUAUCUGAAGCCUUUGCCUAUAUAUUUGUCUACUGCAUACUUUAAACAACAUAUUUACUUGUAUUUUAUCAAGCAGUAACUAUGGAGGUCAAGCAGCACAUUAUCAUCUUUUAAGAUUUAAUCUAGAGUCUGUGUUGGAAAUACAUGUUUGCUAACAAAUAAUAGAUAGCAACCUUCAAAAGACAAAAGCGAAUCACACUUAGUAUACAAAACUGAUAUAAUUAUGUAACAUAAUAUUGUGAAAUUCAGCUUUAUUUUUCCAGUUUACUGUACAAGCUUAUUUCCCAGGGUCAUCUGAAUCAUAUCUUCUUUUUUUUUUUUCUUGGACAAGUCAUGACUCCAUUAUUGCAACACGGUCAUGAGGCAAAACCGGUUUAUAUUACAUGUAAAAUGUAUGCAUAACUGUUCACUGUACUCAUUUAUAGUCCAUUGCCCUAAAAUGCUGAGUGCUCUUGUGAAAUGCCAAAUUCCUUCAGUUCACACA